CACAAAGCACUCUCCUCUUCUGUGGUUUGAAGUCUACUCGGUCGGAGCAGAGUUUUGCGAACAGAAGGACGUCUCCCUCCUCCUCCCCUGGAGCCAGCGACGAGAGGGAACUCAAGGUAGGUAAGAGAAGAUGAUGAUGCUGAGCAUGAAGAAGCCUUCCUAUUCGUGGUGGUUCGACAGUCACAACAGCCCGAGGCGCUCCGCAUGGCUCCAAUCCACGCUUACGGAGCUUGACGAGAAGACAAAGGCAAUGCUGAAACUGAUUGAAGAAGAUGCGGAUUCCUUUGCGCAGCGUGCCGAGAUGUACUACAAGAAGCGGCCAGAGCUGGUUAACAUGGUUGAGGAUUUCUACCGGGCACACCGCUCCUUAGCCGAACGAUUUGAUCAGCUUAAGUCAGAAUCUGGGGCCCGCCUGGUCACACCAUUAGGGUCUCCUUAUCACAGCAAAUACUCAACUCAGAAGAUAACAAGCCCCAUGCAGAAGUCUUAUGAUAGCUACUCCGAGAAUUUUGAUUCCGAGGAAUCUGGGGAGUCUGAAGUUGAUGACCCUGAACAAGAGGAAGAAGUAAUUCAAGUGGAUGCAGAGAGGGAAGAGGAAGAAGUUUCAUGUGAAAUCAGUGCUAGUGAGAGUGAAGUGAUGAGGCUUAGAGAAGAAAUAGAGAGACUCAAGGUGGAAAACAGGAUCCAAAAAGACAAAUUAAUGGAGAAGGACGAAGAGAAGAGGGAAGUAAUAAGACAACUCAGCUUAGCUAUAGAAGUUCUGAAGGAGGAAAAUGCGACUCUGAAGAAGAAUUUUGCCAAGGAACCGUCCAAGAAAAGAAGUCCCUUCGAAUUUAGCAAGCUGAAAGAAGCAUUCUCAAUGAAAUUAUUUAAUGGGUUUGUGAAUCCCCAAACUAGCGUUGUAGCCCUCUAGAGAAAGAUGGCUCAUGAAGAUAUUGUAAACCAUAUAAGAUGGCUCAUAUAGAUUCAUGUAUUUAUAUAAGGUAGAAGAAAUUUUUUAUUUUUUUGGUAGUCAUAAGGUAGAAGAAAUAGGGCUUACAAAUCUAUAUUUGGGUAGUUAGGUUUUUGCUAUUGGGGUUUUCUCUUUACAAUAGGCUUUUAUAGUCAUGAAGAUAUUGUAAUUUUCUUUUGCCAUUCUCAUUCAUUUAAUAGUAUAUAUAUUCUUUUUAGGUGUCUACUAAUAGUUCUGUACUUCUGUUUCAAGUAUUGAAAUUGGGAGAAGUGUAGGUACAAUCACUGUC